ACCUUUUUAAAAAUGCUCAACGGGAUCUUCUUCGUGUGCCUGUCUCUCAGUCUGUGGACUUCAGGCUCCUCUCUGAGCUGCAGAUGGAUGCAGCAUAAAUUCCAGCAGUUCAGUCAAAACUCUUUGGAUCUAAUAGAUACCAUGGCUAACAACUCCACCAACACCACCAACACCACUGUGGAUGCUGGAGUGGGCUUCCCUAACCAUCUGUACAACCAGGCGUCCAAAGCAUCAGCUGAGGACAAACUCAGUUUCACAGUCCAGAUUCUGGAUGAGAUGGUGGUCCUGUUUGAAGAGGACAACAGCAAAGCAUCAUGGGAGGAGAUAAGAGAGGAGAACUUCCUCCAGGUUGUAACCCAGGUGGCUGACGGCCUUCGCUCCUGUAUCGGGAGCCACAGCCACAAGAGGAAGCACAAGAAGAUACAGAUGUAUUUCAAGAGACUGUCAAGCCAUGUCCUGGAGCCAAUGGACCACAGUGCUGAAGCCUGGGAGCUGAUCAGGAAGGAGAUGAAAACCCAUCUUGUGAGAGCAGACCUGCUGUGUUCUUCUCUUCUCACCAACUAA